ACAUAUUUAAUUAUAAUUAAUACUUAAACAUCAAUCAAUCAACAAAAUACACACAUAUAUAUCUGUAUUUAUAUUUAUAUUUAUUUACGCUUCAAACCAAAUUCAACAAUAGUCGCAUUGUUUCUCAAAUCUAAAGAAAUGGAAGAGGAAAUGGAGGUAAGUGAGGGGAGUCCAACAGCAGGAAGUGGUGGUGGUAAUGGUGAAAAUGAAUUUGUUCAUAUUGAAUCAGUUAUUAAUCAGGAUGAGCAUCUUGAGCAGGACGAUGGGGUAGUGGUGACAGGGGUAGAUGUUGUACAGGAUGAACUACCUGAUGUGAGGACUCAUGAAGAUGCCGGACAUGAUGAAUUUGUGGAUUGUCCGGAUGACUUGGUAUCUAGUGAAUCCAGGUCCCCUAGUGUUAGAAGUAAGUUACGCCAACAUCCUUUUGGAGAUGGUACCGAAGAUAUUCAACAAACGGUGGCUGAAAGUGAGAAAGAAAUUGCCCCACAGGACUACGAGGAAGAAAGGAAAGUGCUGGUGAAAGAAGUUAGCAAUCUUCAUCAUCAACUCAAGGCUCUAAGCAAGCAACAAUCACUAACCGAUAGAAACGAUGGUGGUUUUCCUGGCAAUCAGCUUGCAUCCGAAACAGAAGAGGAUGACAACAAGUCCAUUUUACCCGUGCGUGAGAUGGUUAAUGAGUGUUCCAAGUUUAUUGAACUUUCUCUGAACGAGCGAUCUCGGGCUGAGGGUACAAUCAGUGAACUCUAUGCCACCCUACAUAUGAAAGACAAAGAGAUCGAAGAUCUUAUGAUGAGGGUUAAUGAACAGUCAGCAUCACAGGAUGACGUAAUCAGCUCUAACGAAAUGUUAUCUGUUGAGACCACUACAGAUAGAAUUUUAUCUUCUCUUGCAAUUACCUUUGGUGAGGCAGAGUUGCCUGAUACCUCUGUUAGUGGGAAGAUAUCUUAUCUUGAAAACAGCACCUUCUUUUUACUCGAGAAGUACAAUUACUUCCUUUCUGAAGCUCAAAUGCUUGGUCACUGUUUGGUAGAGGUUAAUUCGGGUUUUGAUAUGCAAAAUGGUAUGGAGACAGUUUUUUCCUCUGUACGGGAGGAGUUAGUUGGGUUAAAAAGGAAAGAAUUUGAGCUGAAUGACAAAUAUACCCAUUUAGAGCAUCAGCAUGGACAGCUGAUGGAACAACUUGACAAAAACAGAGAAACAAUUGAGCUGCUAAAUGCAGAAAUUGGGAAACUUAAAGGGGAAGUUGAACAGGAGAAAACAAGGUAUAGUAACACCAAAGAAAAGCUUAGCAUGGCUGUGACAAAAGGUAAGGGACUGGUUCAACAGCGUGAUACAUUGAAGCAAUCUGUUGCUGAGAAAACCAGUGAACUAGAAAGAUGUUUAAUUGAAUUACAAGUUAAGUCAGCUGCCCUGGAGGCUGCUGAGCUGAGGAGCGGAGAGUUGAGUCAGACUCAUAUUUUGGCUAACUCUUUGCAAGAAGCCCUCUCGCAAAGGGACAUGGUCCUUGAACAAUGCAUGGAAAUUAUUUCUCAAGGAUUACCAGAUGCGACACAAUUCCCCAACUUGGAAACUCGUGUUAGCUGGCUUUUGGAAUCAUAUAAUCAUGCAAAAGAUCAAUAUAUUAAGCUGCAAGAUGAAAAUAAUGCAAUUAAAGUGGAUGCUAGUAUUCAGAUUGAUCGUUUAACUGCAUCACUUUUAGCAGAAACACAAGAGAAGUACCAUCUUAAAGAAGAAUUAGAAGAAAUGACAUGCAAAUAUGAACAACGUUUGGAGGAUUCUACUGAAUCAUCGCCUGUUGACAAAGAAGUUCUUGAAAAGAUUCAAACUCAAAUGUAUGUAAGAGAUCUGGAAUCUAAGCUCUAUGAGCAGAUUCUUGAUUCCGAGAUGGAUAAUCAAUCAAAGGUUAGAGAAGAACAUCGUGUAUUAGAAGAUGAGAGGAACUCUUCACAGAUAAAUCUUCAAAGAUCCGAGGAGAAGGCUUCCUUGUUGAGGGAGAAGUUGUCUAUGGCAGUUAAGAAAGGAAAGGGGCUUGUUCAAGAACGCGAGAACAUGAAACAGCAAAUAGCUGAGAAGAACGCUCAGACGGAGGCAUUAAUGGUCGAUUUUCAGAAGCAAGAAUCAGCAUUGGGUGACUGCAGGGAUCAGAUUGCAAAAUUGGAAUCUGAAAGGGAUCAAAUAGGGCAGUAUUUAGCUCAGAGCAAUAUGAUAUUGCAGCAAAUAAUUGAGACAAUUGAUGGUAGUAAUAUCGAUUUUCAGGUAGAUAUAGAAGACCCUGUUGAUAAGGUGAAGUGGUUUGCAGCGUUUUUAAGUGAAUGCCAAGUUGCCAAGGGUCAAGCAGAACAAGAGCUUGGAGAUUUCAAAGAUGAAGCUGCUCUGCUUGUCAACAAGUUGACUGAUGCCCUGACCACCAUAAAAUCCCUUGAAGAUACAUCAUCAGUUUUGGAAAAAAAUGUUUCUGAAUUAACUCAAGAAAAACAAGAAUUAGAAAGUUCAAAGAGUCAUGCUGAGCAAGAAGUUGAAAUUAUAAAAGAGGAGGUAAAUAAAUUGAACAACAAGUUGGUAGAAGCCCUGAAAACAUUGAAAUCUCUGGAAGAUAAACUUGCAAGUUCAGAGAAAUUUAUCAGUCAAUUAAAUGAAGAAAAGAAAGAACUUGAGAUCGCAAGGUGUCAUCUUGAAGAUGAAUUGCAUAAAGCAACAGAAGAAGCUGCUUCUCAAACAAGCAAGUUUCAAGACGCAGUGUCACUCGCAGAAAAUAACAUAUCGAGACUGAUGAAUGAGAAAGAAGAGGCUCAAAUGGAGGUACAGAAAGUAAAGGAGGAAGUUUCUUCUAAUAUAAGUAAUCUAGCUGAUGCUAGAGAGACUAUAAAGUUCCUCGAAGAUGCAUUGUCUGUCUUAAAGAUGAAUGCUUCUCGGUUUUCAGAGGAGAAUGAAAAGGCGGUUGAUAGUAGAACCGUGCUAGAGAGUGAGAUGAAGAACCUCAGAGAAGAAGCUGAACAUGAGAUCUCAACCCUCAAAAACGAGCUGAGUACAUGUAGGCAAGAGUUAGAAGCCAAGCAUGAUAAAUCGUCUCCGGAGCUGUCCAGUUUUUUUGGAAACCUUCAAGUGAUUUUGAAAGAUGAAUCUUUACUCUUCUUGUUCAAACAAAGUUUCGAGAAAAAGGUUAAAAGCUUAGAAGAAAUAGACUGCCUUUUAAAAGAUAUGAAGGAUAAUUUUGAUUCAAAACAGUUGCUAGAUCCUGCUGCCAUUGAGGAAACUUUUCUGUCACCAACGUCCCUUCCGACCGCCUUUAACAAUGACUGGAACACUGGGCUUAUCGAUGUCGAGUUUAAUGCAGAAGAUACUGAAGAUAUUGUUUCAUAUGCUGGAAAAACUUUGGAUAACUUGAAUGCUAAAAACCAAAUUCUCGUUGAUCAAUUUGGCAGUUUCUCAAGACUCCUUGAUGACAUAAUUGUAUCUUUGUUGAAAAAACUAGAUGCAAUAAAGCAUACUCUGCCAUUUGUAGUUCAGCAAACAAAAACCUUGCAGCAAGAUGCGCAAAAUAUGCAGAUGGACAAACAAAUACAGGACAAUAGAGUUUUAAUGCUGGAACAUGACAUUAAAGUCCUAUUGUCUGUGUGUGCUGAUGUCACUAAAGAUCUGAAAUUGCAUCUGGAAUGUAAUAUUCUGCAGACUGAUCCCACUAUUGAGCUGGAGAAAUCAAAUCCUAGAUUAGUUGAAGAAGUGGCGGAAGCAGAUGUUAAGGUUGCUGCUAAUGAGUUGUGCUUUGCUUCUAGAACUGUUCAAUGGCUAAUAAAACAACAUGUUAGUGUAAAUGAGAACCUGUCCGCCACAAUUGAACAGUUACAGGCUGAGUUAGAUAAAGUGACUCUAAUGCAUGACAAAUCAAAAGAAGUAAUUGAAGGAUUACAGGGUGAACUACAAAAAACCAGGUCAGUGUGUGAGAAAGUUGAAGAAGAAAACGAUGCAUCACAAAGAAGAGUUUUUGAAUUGGAGACGGAACUAGAAGCUUCAGGAAGCAUGUGUAAUGAAAUGAGCUCUGAGUUGAAUGAACUCAAACGGCAGUUAUCUGCUGAAAGUUCUGUCAAAUAUCAUGAGGAAGACAUCAAAAAUUCCCUUUUAUCAGCUUCGCAGAUGAAAGCCCUAUUUGAUAAAAUAGAUGGAAUUGCAAUCCCGUUCCCGAACCUCAUGGAGGGGGAUAUACAACCAGAACAUUUGGACUCGGUCAAAAAGCUCUUUUAUAUAGUUGAUAAUGUGAAUGAAUUGCUUGACCAAUUGACUUUGUUGACUCGUGCCAAAGAAGACCUGCGGAAAACCCUCUCAAAACAAGCCCUUGAAUUUGACCAUUUGAAGGGGGAAUAUAAAGAUGGGUUGCAAAACAUUAUUCAAACGGUGGGAGGUGAUGAAUUUGUUGGAGUCAAGAAACCUUCUGAUGUGGCAGUCCUGCUCCCAGUACUCGAAAGGCUCGUUCAAGGAAUUAUUUCGGAUCGUGACAAUUCAAGAUUCAAAUUAGUAGAGACCCAGAAAACAGCAGAUGAAUUAUCAAGUAAGGUUAAGUCACUUGAAGAUUUUAUUCAGAAAAGGGCAGGUGGAGCUGACACAAUACAGGAACGAAGUGUCUUUGAAGGACCUUCUUUGCCUGCUGGGUCCGAGAUCUCAGAAAUUGAUGACCAGGUUCCGGUUGGGAAAGUUGGAUUGCCGUUGGUGCCAUCUGCUGCCCAAAUGAGAUCUUUACGGAAGGGAUCAAAUGACCAGCUUGCAAUCACCAUUGACUCGGAGUCUGAUCGUUUGCUUGAUAAAGUGGAAACUGUUGAAGAUAAAGGUCAUAUAUUUAAGUCACUCCACACUUCGGGUCUUGUGCCAGUCCAAGGGAAGAUGAUUGCAGAUCGACUUGAUGGAAUAUGGGUAUCUGGUGGUCAAGCUUUAAUGCGUCGACCAAGAGCACGCCUAGGCCUUAUAGCUUAUUGGCUUGUGUUGCACUUAUGGCUUCUUGGCACAAUUUUGUGACUAUGACAAGGUGUAUCGUAGAUGAGUAGUUCCAAUGUUUGACAUCGUUUUUUUUCUCCUGAUUUUUUUAUAUGAUGAAUUUAGGCAGAUGUACAAACUAAUAGUUAUCUCGUGUUCUUUUGAUUCUCUGCAAUCAGAUUUUAGGGGAUUCAGAGAAUCCAUAAACAUAAGCCUCCAUGAUUAUGGAGAAAUGUUUGAUAAUGACAAGUCAUUAAACUA